AGAGGAUAUUUAGAAAGAUCAAGAAAAAGCAAUACAACCACCAGAGGGCGCAGCUUUUCCCUGUUCCUCCCUGCGCGGUGAUUCUGGAGCGUCUCAACGUGACGUCAUCACAAUACGGAAGUGUGUCCCAGGGACAUGCCUGGCUCGGCUUUGACAUGCGAAGUUGUUCCAGAAUGCUUAGUGACAUGGAAGCUGAGGAGCUGCUGAGGUUCCUCACACCUGACACACGGCCUGAUGUCAAAGGUCAAGCUACAGAGUACCUCAUGGGCCUCUCUGUAAACAGGGAUGGCUGCUGCUUCUUGCGCUCUCAACCUGACAUCCUGGUUGCCCUGGUUGGCCUGACCUCUGACCCAUCUGUUGCCAUCGUGAAGGACUGCUACCACACUCUUAUCAAUUUGUCUGCUCAUGAGACUCUUCACCAGGUUUUGGUGAAUGAGGCAAAUGUUUUGCCGAUGUUAAUUAAAAACCUUGUGGAACCAGACUACAUGUUUGCUGAACGCAUUUGCACCAUACUGACCAACCUUACUCGCCAUGAGAAGACAUGCCGGACCAUCUUCAAGGUUAUGCAGGAGGGACUCAGUCUAUCCCAGUUGGUGGACAUUUUCUGUUCUGAAGGGUACAACAAGUUGGCUUCUCUCCACUACCUGGGACCUCUGUUGUCCAACCUCACACAACUUCCAGAGGCCAGAAUCUACAUACUGGACAAGGAAAGGUGUGUGGUCCAGAGGUUGUUACCUUACACUCAGUACCAGAUGUCCACAGUGAGGAGGGGAGGAGUCAUCGGAACCCUUCGUAACUGCUGCUUUGAUUAUAAUGGCACACUUGAAAAGCAGGCUGCUGAUACAGCGUUUUGCCCCUACCAGCCAGAAUCCAGCAGCUCAAACAGCACCUUCGCCCAUCAUGAGUGGUUGCUCAGCGAUGCGGUCGAUAUCCUGCCCCACCUCCUGCUGCCGCUGGCUGGUCCAGAAGAACUGACAGACGAGGAGAAUGAAGGUCUGCCAGUGGACUUGCAGUACCUCCCAGAGGACAAGAAGCGAGAGGAAGACUCGGAUAUCAGAAAGAUGCUGCUGGAGACACUACUAUUGUUGACAGCAACCAAAACAGGUCGUCAGAUACUAAAGAAGAAGAAUGUGUAUCCAAUCAUGAGAGAAUUCCAUCGCUGGGAGAAGGAACCACAGGUUUUGUCAGCCUGUGAAAAACUGGUCCAGGUGCUAAUUGGAGAUGAGCCACAGCAAGGGAUGGAGAACCUAAUGGAGGUACAGAUUCCUGAUGAGGUGGAGGAAAAAUUAAAGGAUGCUGAUGCCAAGGAGCAGCAGGAGUUGCAGAAGGAACAGGAAGAGAAAAGCAAGGAUAAAGUAGGGGUGGGGUUGAUAGAGGAAGAUAGAUAAGGAGAUGAGAAGACAGAAAAAUUGGGAGGAGAAAGUUAAGCAGAGGGAGAUGUAUGACUGAUAAAAUGAGUCAGAGGAUCUUAUUUUUAGUAUUUUAAAUUUGGUGGCCUUUAGUCAUAGUAUUAUUACAUUUGUUCUUGCAAUAUUUUUCGUUGAUAAUAAAAAUGGCCGUGUUGGUACCAUAC